UAUCAAAAAGUUCCAAAAAGAACGAAAGGAAUAACCAAAUAUGAAUAGAGAAAGAUGCGAAAAAUGAAAUCCCUGGUUUCUCUUCAAAUCUAAAAGCCGAAAAGUCUCAGGCUGAUAUGGAUAACUUCACACAUUUGAAUAUCAGCAGCUUGGAUAAACUGGCAGGUGAUUUUGAGGAGAAAAAUCGUCAACUUUACGUUAUACUUUCCAUCAUCAUCUCAGUGUUUGCAGCAUGUUUUGUAGUUCUAGUUGCAUACAUGGUCAUCUACCCUUCAUAUACAGACACAGAUCGGAACGGUGGGACUGAAAUCAAGAUCUCCAGCGCAACAGACAAUUCAGGGGAAGCCAUGAUGAGAGCAAUCCGCUUACUCUCAAUCCUUCAUCAACCAAAGUUUCAGAUUGUUGAGAGCGGGGGUAGUGUGCUACAUCAUAAUCAAGCAGAUCCUUUUCUUUUGCAGCACCCUCAUCAACCACUUCAUCAAACAAUUCAUCAACCUCCACAUCAACCUCUUCCAUCUCCAAUAGAUCCUCUUCAGCCAAGAUACUUGAUUAAGCCAGAAGAAUCUUCAUUUUCUUCCCAGUCUCCCUCCAACCCUGUAGUAGUCGAAGAAAGCUUAGAUGCUCAUAAUAAUAUCAAGAGAGACACUCCGACAACUACACCUGACCUUGAAGACCCAAUUAAUUCAAGUUCUGAACUGGAAAAGGACAGAUCAGGGACUACUGCAUGGGCAGAUCAUGUGACCUUAUUUGACAGAAUGUUUGACGAUGAAACAAUAUCGUUGGCUGACACUUUUGUUCAUGAAAUGGAUCUGUUCCCUCCAAAGUUGUCCCGGGGGGAUGAUGAUGUUUUAGAAUUGUUUGAUUUGUAAACUAGCUUCAAUUUGUUAGAUAUUUAUUUCAAAACAAAUCAUACGGAUUAAAGAUAUUUAUCAGUUUUUAGAAUUUUUGAAUUAAUACUUAAAGUUUACACAUGCUGUUUCCGACUGUAUCCAGCUUAUCUAAAUUUUUCCAUCAAACGCGCUGGGUCCACUACACUCUGGAUUUACUAGAAGGGCUGAUACGAGUAAAGGAAUGAGUCUUUGCCACAAACUCCGAUUUUAUAACCCCUAUAUCUAUGUAACCCAAUGUUACCUAUAGUAUACCUUACAUAUGUUAGCACAAUUAAGUUU